AUCUUUGGACGGGCAAUCAAAAACGAAUAUAUUGCCCUGGGCACAUUCGCUUCAGUUUUCGGCGGCGCAUUCCUCGCGACACGGGGCAGGAAAAAAGAAGGUCCUCCGCCGACGCUUGUUGAACAGGUCAAGGCGACUGUGACUUCAGGAGACAGGUGA